UUCAAUAUCAUAAUAUAUAAUAGAAAAAUAAUAAUUAUUAGUCUUAGACUGUGUUAUGUGUACUAUUUUAAAUUUUAAUAUUUAUUAUUAUUUUCAUUAAUAAAUCACACAAUCAUUUACUUUUAAGAAAUGUUUCAAAUUAGUGGUAGCCGGUAGGACGUAGAAUGUCCAUCAACUUAGUGUAUUGUUAGUUGAACAUCAAUAAAACAACGUUCAUAAGUUUAUGGUUCUACGAUGGAGCAGAAAAAUGAUAUGUUAGGUGUCGAAGAUAUUGUGUUUAUGCUACUUGAAACAUUGAAGUCUAAUGGCACAUUCGAUGAAAUCCGUAGGCAUUGUGUUACUGAUAUUGAUGCUAAGCCGACUUACCAAAAUUGGAAACAGCGAAUAGAAUCAAAUGUCAACAAAUUUUUAAGCAAAGUAAAAUAUACUCCCGAAUUAAAUAAAAACACUGUUCGAGAACGACUUCGAAAACAUUUACUUGAUGGACGUGAGACUCAAGAUAUUGAAGAAGGAGCUGAUAGAAUACUUACUCAAGUACUUGCGCCUCGUACACUAAGUAUUUUUGAACCUAAAAUAGCAAUUGCUGUUGAUGAAUACUUGGGAAUCAAAAAUGAGGCGCCUCCAAUUGAAAUUAAUGGUUUAAAAGAAUCUAGUAUGAAUUCAAUAAAUGUAUCUAACAUUGAAAAUAGUAAUGUUUUCAAUCCCAAAAUAGAUUUUAUCCCAGGUGCUGAUAACAUACCUUGUGAUAAAACACAAAAAGAUGACAGAAAGGACUUAAGAUCAGACAAAAAAGAAAAAUCUUCUAGUCUUUGUAAAGAGCCUAAAUCAUUGAAUGGUAAUCGAACUGAUGAUGAAAAUGAUACCGGUGGAUCUUUAAAACAAAAAAGUAGUCAACACAAGAAUAAAACUUCUUUAUCUGAAAAGUCUAAGUCUUCAUCUACUAAUCAUAAAAGUAAUAAAAAAGAUAAUAGUUGUAAAGAAGUUGUAGAUAAAUCUAAAGAUAUAGUUGAUAAGUCUAAAGAUAUAGUUGACAAAUCUAAAGAUGUCAUUAAUAAACCUAAUGAUAUUGUUAAUAAGCCUAAAGAUAUUAUAGACAAAUCUAAAGAGGUAGUUAAUAAAUCUAAAGAUGUUAGUAAGCUUAAAGAUAUUGUUGAGAAAUCUAAAGAUGUUAGUAAGCCUAAAGAUAUUGUUGAUAAAACUAAAGAUGUUAGUAAGCCUAAAGAUAUUGUUGACAAAUCUAAAGAUAUUAUUAAUAAGUCCAAAGAUGUUAAUGACAAAUCUAAAGAUAUUGUUUGUAAGGCUAAAGACAUGGUUGAUAAGUCUAAGGACAAAUUUUUGUCAAAGAAUUCUAAUUCUAAUAGUUCAAGUCAUAAAAGUAACCGAACAGAUUCAAAAAGAACUAAACGUUCUCUUGAAGAGAAAAAAAAAUCGUCUAGUCUUUGUAAAGAGCCUAAAUUAUUGAAUGGUAACCGAAGUGAUGAUGAAAGUAAUGCAGGAGGAUCUUCAAAACAAAAAAGUACUGUACACAAAAAUAAAAGUUCUUCAUCUGACAAGAGUAAAUCAUCAUCCAGUAAUCAUAAAAGUAGUAGAAAAGAUAAUACUAGUACCGAUGUUGUUGAUAAGUCUAAAGAUAAAUCUUUGUCAAAGAAUUCUACUUGUACUGAUGUUGACAAGUCUAAAAACAGAUCUUUGUCAAAGAAUUCUAAUAAAACUGUUGAUAAAUUUAAAGAUAAAUCUUUGUCAAAGAAUUCUAGUAGUACUGAUAUUGAUAAAUCUAAAGACAAGUCUUUGUCAAAGAAUUCUAAUAAAACUGUUGAUAAAUUUAAAGACAAAUCUUUGUCAAAGAAUUCUAGUAGUUCUACCAUUAAUAAAUCUAAAGACAAAUCGUCAUCAAAGAUUUCUUAUAGAACUGUGGAUAAAUCUAAAGACAAAUCUUUGUCAAAAAAUUCUAGUAGUACUGACAUUGAUAAGUCUAAAAAUAAAUCUUUGGUAAAGAAUUCUACUUGCUCAAGUCAUAAAAGUAACCGUGAUGACUCUAAAAGGCUUAAACUUUCUCAACCGGAAAAAAAUAAAUUACCUAUCAAUAAUGAAAGUGUUGAAGAAAAUAAAUCCGAAAAACCAGAAGAACCUGAAUGGAAUGAUUUUCGAAGUGCUAAUAUAACAAAUGACGAACAAGAUGCAGCAAAUGUUUUAUUAUCAAUGAGUGCAAUUUCUUAUGAAAGUUCUCAUAGUGAAAUUAUAACAGAAAAUAUAAUUUUUAUAGAAAAUUCUUCUCCUAUUUCUGAAACCUUAAAAACACCUAAAAUAGAAAAUGAAUUAGAUGUUAAAGAAAAUGAAUUAGAUGUCAAAGAAAAUGAAUUAGAUGUUAAAGAAAAUGAAUUAGAUGUCAAAGAAAAUGAAUUAGUUAUUAAAGAAAAUGAAUUAGAUGUUAAAGAAAAUGUUGAUCAAAAGACAAUUUUACUAUCUAGUGAUAAUGAUGAUAUUAAAGAAAAUUCUCAAUUAAAAUCAAAUAAUUUAGAAACAUCACAAUUACUAAAUACUGUAAAAAGUGUAUCAAGCAUUGUUGGCCAUUUGUUUGAGAAAGUGUGUUCUGUUGAUAUUGAAAGGUUACCAUGUAAAGAUAUAAAAUUACAAUGUAAGUCUGUAAAUAAUGUUGAAAUACCCGAAGAACACCAAAAACCAGCUGAAAUAAAAGUAAAUGAAAAAGAAUUAAAAAUAUUAAAUGUUGAAAACAAUUUGGAUCCAAGUGAAAAUGAAAAAAUUAAUGAAUUUAAUUCUAAUGAUAUUUUAAAAGUACCAAAACUAAAAUUAAAACUAUUACCAAAUCAAAUUGAUUCUUUAAAUAAAUGUAAGAGAAAAAAACAUCAUAAAGAUAAAGAACAUAAAAAAUUGAAACUUUCAAAAUCAUUUGAUAUUCCUAAUGAAGUUAAUGUACCUGUUAUUGAUAAUGUAUCAUCAUCAAAUAUAAUGUGUGAAAAAUUAGAACAAAAAUCUAACAAUGAUACGGACGUCAAAAUUAAUGAUUCGGCAAGUACCUUAUCCAAACAACUAUUAUAUGAGGAAAUAGAAAAUAAUAGUGUAGAAGUAUUGGAUGAUGACAAAUCACAUUACUCCUUCAAAGGAUUUUCUGAAGCAGAAGCUAUUCCAUGUAAAAACUAUGAACUACUAAAAAAUGUGAUUAAAACCUUACAAGCAAAGAUUAAUAAUCAUGAUGUAAUUAAUGAUGGAUUCAAAGGUUUUACCAGUGCAGAAACUCAUCCGUGUAAACAUCGAGAUAAAGUUUAUGCAGAGCUUAUCAAGUUGAAAGAUAGUAAAUCUAGUUCAGACUUUAUUGGAUUCUCUGAAGAAGAUGCUCAAAUGAGUAUUGGACAUAAAUAUGCUAUAAAACAGCUCGAACUUGCCAAAAAACAAAGCAAUGUAGAUAAUAAUCAACAAAAUGUUACGUGUGGUGGAAAUGGAAUCCAGAAUGGAAAAUCUUUUAAUGAAGUUAUGGCAGCAUAUUUGUAUAAAAGUAACAGUGAUAAUGUUACAACACCAAAAGAGAUCUACAGUAAACCAAUUACUGAUACUAAAAAAGAUUGUCCUACUGUAAAUAAUAAUAAUCACAAUCAUAACAAUUGGGUUGUUGAACAAGAAAUGAAAUAUAAACUUUUACCCGUAAAAGUAAAACUUGAAAGAUUAAUGGAGUAUGGAUGUAAUAAUGCUAAGCGUGUGUCUGACUUCACAGGUACCCAUAUAAUUAACAAUAAAAAAUAAUAUUUAUAACAAGAAUCAUGUCUUCAAUUUUUUCUUCAAAAAUAUUUGAAAAUAAGGGUCAGAAAGAAGUAUACUUAUUUAAUAGAUAUGGUCAACAAACAGAACCCUGAACCUAUUUAACAUAUGAUUGUGUGAUUGUUCCUUACCUUUUUACUACAAUCAAUAAGAGUAAUAAACAAUUUGUUGAAAAUGUUAUAAGUAUAAAUCUAAAUUUUAAUGAAAUAGUAUAUUUAAUAAUUAAAUUAAAACAUGAUGAAUAUAUGAAAUAUUUUAUGCCUUCUCACUCUUUGUUUACUUAUUUAAUUUGAUUUGUUGUACAAUUUAAUAUACUGCAAACAUUGUAUAUCAUUACAUAAUAAAAUAUUUCUUUAAUUUUUGUUAACUUAUUUAAUAAUUUUUUUUUUAAAUUUUAUUAUAUUGUAAAAAUGUUUAAUUGUAUUUAUUAUUAUAUUGAAUUUUACACUAUCUGAUUACAUCUAAUUAAAUUAAAUCAUAAUAAAAUAAAAUGAUUAUUACAUCAAAUGAAAAUUAAUUGUGUAUACUGUUCUCUUUAAUCUUUUUCUUUAUGUUAAUAUUACACUAGAUAAAUAAGUAUAUUAUGAACAACUUUAAUUUUUUUGAAUUAUUUAAUAAUUCCUUAAUGAUAAAUUACAUUAAAUAUAAGUCAACAAUUAACUAUUAAAUGCAAAUAUUCAGUAAAUAUCAAGUACUUUAAAAUAAAUAUGUACACUGCCUUUUAAUAAUAGCUAUUGUUUUGUAAUAUAAUUGGAUUCUCUACAAUAAUUUUAUUGUUCUAAUCAUUUUGAUUAUAUAAUUUAUCGUAGUAAAUUAUGCUAAUUAGUAAUUUUUACUCAUUUUUUUAUACUCACCUAUGUAUAUAUGUAACAUGUAAUAUAUAAUAUUAUGUAAAUAUUUAUAAAUUGUCAAUUUAUUUAUUUAUUUUGAAAUAAAAUGUAUGGUUAAAUGGUGUUUGUACAUAUUAUAUAAUAUGUAUUUACUAUCGCUUUAAUAUUUAUACAUUUUGUUAAAUUUGUAUCGUUACAAUAUAGUUUACUUUUUUUUUACUCUUAAUAUUUUGUUAUUUAAGUUAAUUUUUUCUUAUCAUAUUAUUUAUUAAACUAUAUUGUUAUGGAAUUAAUUUUCUUUUCUCUUUAAAAUAUAAAAUAACAAUACCAUUA